AUGGUGAAUCUCCCAAACCAUUCCCAGCUGUACGGUCACCGAUCACUCCAGCAGAGAUCAGAUUACCGCAUCUAUUCUUUGACUUCUCCCGCGAGCCACAUGGCUGGUGAAGCUGACACCCGUGUCCCGGCUCUCGCCUUGGGUCGGCGGCGAACUACGGUAGACGCAUUGGCAACCAACGGAGCUGCACUGCAGCAACAAGCGAAUCCGACGAACACUCAGACAGACAGCCUCCUCCGAAUGGGCACGGAACUGAACGUGCCCACUCAUCGCUGGGGAAGUAUCCUAUAUAGAGAUCCCUUCGGCUUUCCAGACCGUGUCCUGCUCACCGGAUGGGUCCCCGACUUGCUCGCCGUGCCAAACCCUGGACGAUUCGGAGCGACAUCAGUUCCGGGCUCAGGGCCUCACCCACCACAGCAUCCUCCCGAUGAAGCGCGGUUCGCUCCUCCGGACACCGUCACGUCGGAUAUUGCAGCUCACACUGGCCAGCAAUCAAUUGAAGGAGAGACCGCAACAGAGCCGAUCGAUAGUGGUGCACGAGAAAGCCAGGAGCAUAGACCCCAAGUCUCAACCAACUACCGAGGAGACCCAAACAUUAUUGCCAAUCACUCAGCUGACAUUACGGAUGACGAGAACACAUCCGUGUAUAUAACCAACCCCCCAGCGACCUGCACUAUCGGCGUGCUUUUCGCCUCGAUCCGAAACGUCGGAAAGAUUUACGCGCCGAACAUGAACCCGCCGAACGAGGAGCACCAUAGAGCGGCGGCAAAGGUUGUAUUCUGGACCCGGGAAUCAGCCCACAAGCUCCGCAGCAGCUGGCUUCGCGGUCUGUGGAAGGUUGAGGGAUCGCUUUCCACUCUCCGACCAAACAGAACCAAGGUUGCAUCGCAGGCGCCUUCCCGAGCCACCCGUGUGGUCAGGCUGGACGGUCCGCCCGAGGUGGUAAACGAAUAA